AUUUUUCUCACCUUCUCACUUUCUCACUUUCUCACCGUUCGAAUUCACACCUCAAGCAUUGAUAUCACACCCUAGCCUUUAGAAUCGAUCAAGGUCUUUCGAUCACCCAGAGCUUUGUUUGUCAAUUCUGUUGUCGGCGAAGAUAUGUGCCGAAUAUCUUCCCUUACUGGCGAAUAUGUGGGCAUGACACUCCAUCUCGAUUUCUCAUCUCUAUCAUAUAUACUCUAUUCUUACAAUCUUCAUUUUCAGAUUUAAAUUUCCAAUUUUUUUCCAAAUUCAUCAAGACUAACAUUGCUACCUUGAUUUCUUAAUCAGAGUGAAUGGCUUUCAAUUAGCCUAAGAAAGCUCAUGGGGUUCAUUCUCAUUCCAUACGAGGUAAGUCUAUACGACAUAAAGCUUCUGAUGAUGUAUUCAAUUCAAUGAGCCUAUUAACAUAAAAAAGUGUUGAGUGAUACUCCUUAAGAGUGACUAAGGGUCUGUUUGCAACAGCAUCUGCUUUUAAAAAUGUUUUUUUAAUGAAAUUGGGAGAAGUGAUUAAAUGAAAGUUGAUAGUGUUUGAGAAAAAAGUGAUUUUGAAAAGCAAAAGUGGGUAGUGUUUGGUAAAAUAAGUGCUUUUUGUGUAAUAGAAAAAGUAAAAGCACUUUUGACGCGGAAGCCGAGAAAAAUAAAAGUUGUAGUGUUUGGGAAAAUAAGUGUUUUUUUAAAGUCAAAAGCUGAGAAGUGCUUUUUUAAAAGGAGUUGCAAACCAACCCUAAGAAGUUGUUCUGUUCGUCUUAAUCUUAUUACUUAUUGCUUAUUCUUAUUUUAUUCAGAUCAUAUCAGAUCAGAAAAAUUCAGAUCAGAUCAGAAACAUUCAGAUCAGAUCAGGAACAUUCAGAUCAGAUCAGGAACAUUCAGAUCAGAUCAGGAACAUUCAGAUCAGAUCAGGAACAUUCAGAUCAGAUCAGGAACAUUCAGAUCAGAUCAGGAACAUUCAGAUCAGAUCAGAUCAGAUCAGAUCAGCAAAAUUCAGAUCAGAUCAGAUCAAAAAAAUUCAUAUCAGAUCAGAUCAGAACUUAAAAAAUUCUGAUCAGAAACAUUCAGAUCAGGUGAAGAGAACAGCUUCUAAGGUUUGAGACUUUGAGCACAUAACAUCUAAGCUCUGGUGUAUUUGUGAUCAUGCUAAAAGUUUGAGGUACAUUCAUUUGCUGCCUGCAGAAAAAUGAAUAAUCUCUCAAAAUUCAAUUAUGGCAGAGAAACAACUACCAGGGCUAUAAACAUAAAAUAGAAGUGUUAGGCAUUUAAGUUAGUUCCGAAGUCAGAAAUCAUUUUAUUUAAGAGAUGCAUAUUUCUUUCAAUAUCUCCAAAAGAAUAUUAGAACAUCUUUACUUAUAUUAUGAAUUACCUAAAGAGUUCAAGGAAGUACCCCUAAAAUGUAAUCGUCUUGGCCUCCUCUUUGAUCUUUAUAUUUCCAAAUUCUUGAUUUAGUGAUUUCAAUUGUUCCCUUCCAACACAACGAUUGUGUGUGCGAACCAUUUUCUGAUUUCAAGUAAACUUGUGAACGCCACUUAUUUACUCAAAGUUUCUGGUAAGAUGAAAAUAGUUAAUCAUUCUUCAAACAGAUCAUCUUUGAUUUUUUCACUCCAUGCGUGUUUGGAAGCUGGAAAACAUCUCAAGGUUGAAGAAUUAGUACAUAGUUCCAACUUUAAAUAAUGACAUAUUACUUAGACUACCUCAAGUAUAUAUUUGUAGAGAACCAACCAAAUUUUCACAGUGGCUGUUUGUUUAGUUCUUAGUAAGCGAAAAUAAUGAUUGUUUGGUGCAUAGUUCAAUUUUAGAUGACUUGUGUUAUGCUCAAUCUAUUAACAUAAGCUGAAAAAGGAGAUGUUCUCAAUUUUCGAGUGUUGCUGGAAUUCCUUAUUCACUUAAGGUUUAUAAUUCCUUGUUUUUAUGUAGAAUUUUAUUGAUAGGAAGCUUUAUAUGUAGAGUUUUAUCCAAGAAGUACUUUACUCAAAAAGUAGAUUACAGAGACUUGAAUAUGUCAUAUAGUUUGGACUUUGGAUUAUAGAGACCUUGCUUAAAAUCCAAAAAGUAAAUUUUCAAAUGGGAGCUGCCUGAAUAUGUCAUAUAGUUUGGAUUAUAGAGAUUUGAUUAGAUUUCAUCUUAUAAGAUCGAUUAGUUCUGCUUGCAUCGAUCGUCAGUGCUAGGUAACAAAUAUCUCUAUUUAGUUUAUAAAAAAAAUAGAUUUGAUUCCCUUAUAGUUUUUCUUUCCAACUCAGUGCCAUCGUUUCAGUUUAUUAAUCUCGAUUCACAUUUCCAUUCCAGUUUAUGUUUUUCUUUGUAUUUCAGUUUUCUUUAGUGCUUGGUUUAAUUUUACUUUUUCAGUCCCAAAUUGUAAGAUACAUUUACUAUUCACUUGGUCAACAUAAAUCACUCUUAGUCUUUUAUUUUAUAUAUCAAAAGUUUAUGAAAUUUGAAUUACUUUUUGCAGGCUUUGUAGCGGUUUUAAUUAAUGUAGUUUCGGAAUAUGUAAAUUUUAUUUUCUAGAACUAAUUUGAAUGUUUACAGGGAUCAAUUUGCUUUAUCGUCAGUCAAACAUCGUAAACCAUAAUGUAUCUUACAAAUUGGGAUGGAGGGAGUAUUAUUUUUCUAUCCCAUUUUGGCCGAAAGGAUUCAGACCGAAAGGGUUCUGGUAGAAAGGCUUUUUUUCUCGCCACUGCAACAUUAGCCUCCAUAGGUGGUUUACGACUCUAUGGUGCGCAAUUGGGAAAAACGAAAAUGGACAUCCAUCCUGAAGAUACGUUCUUUCAUUGGGAGCACCAUGGGCAUGGCUACUCUUCAGGUAGACUAUGGAAAAAUGAAAAGUGAUUUUUUUAAAAAACAUUUUUAGCAUAUAAUUAGUUUUAUGUCUUUAAAUAAGACAUAACUAAAUCAAAUGAGUAUCAAUAACUAUCGGAAAAAGUUACGAAGUAUAUAGCGUAGCGUAAACUGCAGUUAAAUACUCUAUUUUUUUACUCUACUGGGCGUCUGGGGUAGGGGGCCUGGGGGGGCUGGAGUAAUCAUGGUUGAAACUCAGCCCAUUGAAUUUUGAACCCAAGACCUCCCGUAAGCGAGAGUGAGUCUGUGACCAGUUGGGCUGGACCACUUCCUAAUAUACAAGCUUUGAUAUACAUUUUUGUUCAUUUUUUACUAAUGUGUUCCACAUGAGUUUCUUAUACGUUGUAUAAUCUAACUAUAAAACAAUUAUGGAAUGAGGAAAGAAUACCAAGCUACAUCCAUUGAGGCUCUGACAAGUGAUCACAUGGCGCUAUGGAUAAAGUUUAGUCCUACGGUUCAUAACCGUACAGCUAAAAGAUUCUGAUUUGAAAAUAUGUGGCUUAAAGAGAAGGAAUGUAGGGCGAUUGUUACAAAUAGCUGGAAUGCGGGCUCUCAUCUAACGGUCAGUGAAAGAAUUAAUUUUUGUGGAAAAGAGCUACUUCGUUGGGAUCAUAGACGGCCGAAAGGCUUCAGACAUCAAAUUAUGGGUUGCAAGAAACGAUUGGCCUGGUUACAGAGCAAGGAUGAUGCGGCUAGCCUAGCCUAAUUUGCCAGAGUUAAAUUAGUUACACAGGACUUAAUGGAGAGAGAACAUAUUUACUAGAGGCAGCGGGCUAAGGAAUUUUGGCUGAAAGAAGGGGAUAUCAAUUCCCGAUUUUUCCACAAUGCGGUCAAGCAGAGGCGGAGGAAAACAAAUUAAUGGGUCUCCGGGCAGAGCAUGGGACGUGGGUCACGGAUAGAGGUAAGGUCAGCGAGAUGGUGGGAGAGUAUUUUACACUUCUAUUCCAGCACUAGGGACCGAACGUGAACGUGGUCGAGCUAGGGCCGAUGCGGCAGCUUACGGAGGUCCAGAAUCGGUCCUUAUUGAAACCGAUUACCCAGGAGGAAGUCAAAGCUGCAGUGUUUGAUAUGCAUCCUGAGAAAGCUCCAAGUUCAGACGGCAUGAACCCGACCUUUUCCAAAAAAAUGGGGGGUGGUAGGACCGGAGGUGACUCGUCUUUGGCGGCAGAUCUUCGAUACAGGUAUUAUGCCAGAUGAGUUAAAUAUAACGAAUAUUGUUCUAAUCCCUAAGAAAGAUAAACCGGAGAGUAUGGGAGAUUGGAGGCCUAUAGCUCUUUGCAAUGUGAUUUUUAAAUUUUUUUCUAAAGUCAUUGCAAAUCGGUUGAAGGGGUUGUUGGGAGGUUUGGUUGGAGAAACCCCGAGCGAUUUUAUUCUGGGACGAUCUAUCGUGGACAAUAUUAUUGUGGCCUUUGAAACUCAACACUAUUUGAAACAGAAGAAUACGGGUAAAUAUGGCUAUGUGGCUCUAACGCUGGAUAUGAGUAAGGCUUAUGAUAGGGUCAGGUGGGAGCCUGGGACUAUCUAAAGAAGAUUAUGAUCCAGAUGGGGUUCAGUGAAUGAUGGGUGGAAAUAAUUAUGCUCUGUGUCACUACAGUUACGUAAUAUGUUCAAUUUGACAAAGAAUUCUUGGGGCCAAUUAUUCCGAAGAGAGGGUUGAGACAAGAGGACCCGUUAUCACCUUACCUGUUUAUUUUGAUUGCAGAGGGUCUGAGUGCAAUGUUGAAGCAGGCCGAAGGUAGAGGAGAGCUUCACAGGGUAGCUAUUUGCCACGUGCCCCUCGGGUAUCACACCUGUUUUUUGCUGAUGACAGUGUUUUAUUUUUUAAAGCUUCUAGUUCCGAGUGUGUUGCGGUUAAAAAUAUUCUUAUAAAAUAUUGAAGAAUUGUCAGGGCAGAUGGUUAAUUUUAAUAAAUCCACUUUAGCCUUUAGUCAGAAUGUGGGGGAGGUUUUUAAGAAAUUUUUGUACUAAUCAGUUGGGUAUCCCGAGAGAGAGCGGUUUAAAUCAUUAUCUAGGAUUACCGGCACUGAUUGGGCAAAAUAAAUCAAUUACUUUGGGGUAUUUGAAGGACUGUAUUUUCAACAGAAUAAAAAGGUUGAAUAAUUGAUUUUUAUCCCGGGCUGGGAGAGCGGUUCUAUUAAGAAAUGUUAUACAGGCUAUGCCUACUUAUGCCAUGAUUAUUUUCUUAUUGCCCAAAGAUUUGUAUGAUGAGGUUGAGAAAUUAAUGAAUGGCUUCUGGUGGAGGGGUUCAAAAUUUGAUCAGAAAGGGUUAAGGUGGCGAAAGUGGGAAGCUUUGUGCAAACCAAAGGAUGCAGGGGGGCUUGGUUUCAGAAGAUUACGGGAAUUUAAUUUGGCUAUGCUAGCGAAACAAGGGUGGCGGCUGAUUAAUGAAUCUGGAAGCUUAAUGAGCCGAGUCCUUCAUGCCAGGUAUUAUCCUAAUUCAACAUUUUUACAGGCAAAGUUGGGUAGUAAUCCUUCUUUUAUCUGGCGGAGCAUUUUUGAAACCCAGGAGAUUAUUAAAAAUAAUACAAGAAAAAGAGUGGGGAACGGUAUUGACGUUCAAGUCUAGGCGGAUGCAUGGCUUCCCGGAACGGAGUCGGGAAGAAUGACUCCAACGAUGGCCAAUGUUCGUGAUAUGAAUGUGGCGGCUCAACGUGAUGGCUCGGGUAAGAAGUGGCAUUAUGAGAGAAUCAGUAGACUGUUUAAUGCUACUGACAGGGAUAAAAUUAUGAGCAUUCCAAUUAGCUUGGUUGACCGAGCGGACGGUUAUUGGUGGGCAGGUGAAAAGAACAGAAUUUUUUCUGUUAAAAGUUAUUAUAAAAUUCUUAUGGGCGAUGUUUACCAGGGAGCGUGGCAAGAUUGGAAGAAACUUUGGUAACUAAAUGUUCCUCCAAAAUUUAAAUAUUUUGCAGGGCAAGUCCUGGAUGGCUCACUCCCCUCGGUUGAUAAUUUGAAGGAGCGUGGUGUAAAUAUUGUUGGAGGGUGCAAAUUAUGCGGCUCCGGAGAAGGAGAUGCAGAUCACGCGCUACGAGUUUGUCCCAAGGCGCGGACGGCUUGGCAGUCUGCAGGAGUUCGAACAGACGAACUCCGGGUGGGUCUUGAUCCCUGGCUGAAGACCAACAUCAUGCAGGCUGACCCGAAUUUGAGCAGCAGAUUUGUGGCCAUAUUGUGGGGUAUUUGGAAAAGAAGAAACAUCGUGGUUUGGAAGGACAAAGAGGAGGAUUCCGAGACUGUUAUCUGAGUGGCGGAUAACAUGUCGGGAGCUUGGCGGGAGGUUAGAGGGAGGGAGAAAAUUAAUGAGGGAGCCUCGGUCGGAGACAAACACACCCGAUGGAAGAAGUCGGGUCAAGGUGUCAAAACUAACGUGGAUGCAGCGGUUAAUCAACAGGGAGGUAUUAGAACAUGGGCAUGGGUGGCUCGUGGUGAAGAUGGCUCUUUUUUGAAGGGCCGAGGUGCGAGCCAAAAGGCUGGGUGGACGGCAAAGGAAACUGAGGCCAUGGAGAUUCGGGAUGCUCUUUUGGGGCUAUUGAGGCAAACUGGCAGCAGGUGGAGAUAGAGACAAAUGCUCUUACUGUGAUUCAGAGUCUGAAGAAAAAUGAAAGAUCUUCCUAUGUCCAUCUUAUUAUUGAUGACAUCCGUAGCUUAUUAGAAACAAAGAGUUCAUUUAAAAUCUGUUUUUGUAAAAAGUCUGUGAAUCGUGUAGCUCAUGCUUUGGCUAAGUCACAUGUUCACAUCUCAGAUCAGUUUAUUGACUACUUACAUGCGCCG